AUGAUCCGACAACCUAGCAGUGUGAUCAUCGCCGGCCCGUCGGGCAGUGGCAAGACUGACUUGGUGGAACAAUGGUUACGGUACCUGAACGUGUUUCAAGUCAAACCCCGCAAGAUUGUGUAUGCUUAUGAUCGCUGGCAACCCCGAUUCGAGCGUAUGCAAAAAAAGGAUGGGAUUCAAUUUCAUCGCGGAUUACCGGACCCUCGUCAUUUGACGCAAUGGUUUGGUCGGACGCGCGGCGGGGUGUUGGUCUUGGACGACCUGAUGGAAGAAGGGGGACAAGACAAGCGCGUGUUGGAUUUGUUCACCAAAGAUUCGCAUCAUCGCAACAUUACGGUGCUGUAUUUGACGCAAGAUUUAUUCCCGCCGGGCAAAUUUUCCAAGACCAUCAAUCGCAACGCGCAUUACAUUGUGGCCUUCAAAAACCCCCGGGAUCAAACAGGGAUACGGACGAUUUUAUUGCAAGCCUUUCCGGAUCGAUGGCGUCAAGUCUUGCGCCUAUUUAAACGCAUCACGGCCCGCCCCUUUGGCUAUUUGAUGUUGGAUGUACAUCCGGCGUCGGAUGAUCGCUACCGCCUGUGGAGUCAUUUAACGCCUCGAGAAGGCAAAGCGCAAGUCCACACCUUGCGUGCGGAUGUCCCUGCCGUUCGACAACGAACUGCAACGAGAACUCGCCAGGGUCCGCCGGCAAAGAGAAGGCGGACAACAUACUGAGUUAGCCGCUCGCAUGGACACACACUCACCUGCGGGGGUGGGUUCCCCCUCGGUUCUCCGGGAUCUCAGCAGCAUGACGGACAUGGUGACCGAAUUGUCUCGACCCGUGGAUCGAGCCCAAUUGGAGCAAGACAUUGAUGAUUUCAAUUUGACCUACCCGGUCAAUGUAGACGAUGCCUUGAAUGCCUUCACGCUCCCACCCGUGGCAGGCACCGGUACAGCACCACUUGCCACUUCUACUCCCAUCACCACCAUGGCACCACCACCACCACCACCACCCACCAUCACCACCACCACGGCUGCCCCCACCCGUCCCACCACAUCCACCCGAACUCGUCCCACCACGACUACUACCACCACCAGUCGACCACGACCCGUCACGUCCACUCGAACACGCCCCUCCACCAGCCGCCGCAGUGCCGGGGCAGGCACCAGGACUACCACCUCCACGGUGACCACCCCCACUGGACGUCCCACCAUCGCUGCCAAACAACCGCGACGGCGCCCCCGGGUGCCCUCCCCACCCUCUCCUGGUUCGUCCCCUCCGUCUGAUGAUGAGGAUGGCGAUGAUGAUGAUGAUGAACGACGGCGAGGAUUAAGGCGACGGUUGGAUUUGCUCAAUGAAGAUGCUCAAGAACGGGCACGAGGUCGACGGAUUCGCAACAUCACGCACACCAAUACGGUGACGACCGUGUAUGAAGAGGGGGGUCGUCCCUCGGUGCGCCGCACGUCCACCCGAACCUCCAGCCCAAGUCCACCUAGACCACCACGCCGAGGACGGGGACGUGGCCGUGGCCGAGGACGGGGACGGGGCCGAGCCCGUGGACGAGGAGGCAGUUCUUCCUAAAAAAGGUAUAAAAACCGUGACUUUUCUUCCAUCGUCCCAAAAAAUGCAAUGGGUCCUCGACGUAAACGCCAACGCAGGACGACCCGACGGCGACCCGCCAAACGACGACGGCGUGUGAGUCAAGUAGGGGGUGUCGCGGCCAGUCUGCCCCUAGGGAUUCUCAAAGCCGGUUAUGGGAUCACCAAAGCCAUCGGGGAUCAUCAAACCAAGCGUGCCAUCGCCAUUGGCGAAAAACGUCGACGCGAAGUGGCUUCAGGCAAACGGAAAAAAUAUGCGGGGGAAUCCUUUAAUUGUUCGAUUAUGUGAAAAAACUAUAAAAGACUAAAAGGUGUGUCCUCCAUCGGACAGAUCAUCAUGCACUGUGGUCCACGACGACGAAAACGACGCCGAAAACAACGAGGGGGUAUUCUCCCACUUCUCAUCCCCGCGGCUGUGGCUGCCGCUGUUCUCAUGAAAAAGAAGAAAAAAAAGAAAGUGGGUAAGAUCAGUGCAGCCAAUCAACGACUGGCCCAACGACGGGUCCAGCGGAUGUUGAGACGCGCAAAGGGAUGGGAUUUCUAAGCUCCAUGCACGCUAUAAAAGAAACGCUUGGUGGGACACCAGACUCUCAUUAAGGAUGGUCCGUGGACCCAACGGUCGCCGACAUCGUUAUGUCCCUCGAAAACGACGCCGACGACGUGGUUUGCAACGCGGUGCUAAACUCCCGCUUUUGGCAAUGGCUCUCUCGCCUUUGUGGCUCAGGAAAUACAAACCCAGAGUCCGAAUUCGACGCCCAGACUAACCGACGACGCUCCAAACGCAAAGCCGUGACGUUUGCGUUGGAUUGGGACGACCAGUAUGAAGCCGCCUUGUGUGCACGGUGUCGGAAUCACAUGCAACGGCAUUAUCAUGGCGAAUUGUGUGGUCGGUGUGGUGCCAUUUUUACCAUAAAUAGACCUUGGUCGUUGCCUGAACUCAAGAUUCAUCAUGGGGUGGCGCAUGGAACGACAAGCCCCGUUCUUAAAAAGUGUCUUACAAGAAGCCAAUCAACACAAACGACAAGAAUUGUUGCGGAUGGCCAAUGCGGAUCAGAUCAAUGCGGUCAGUGAAUUGGUGAUGAACACCCUCCGUGGCACAGUCCCCCGUUCCCGACAGACCAUUACGUUGCUCAAACCUCACGCUCAGAGUUUACGCGCUAUGGCCAAACCCGCCCAUUCCGUCAAACGACGACGCGCCAUCAUGAUGGCUCAAAAAGGGGGUGCCCUCUGGCCGGAACUCUACCGAUGUUAUAAACGUUGCAUGCGCUAGACCAGACUCCUCAGUUGCACCAUGGAACCCGAGAUGGUGAGCACCACGGUAAACAACGCCCCGGCUUUUUUACAAUUACGAGACCAGUACAAACAAGAAUUGGUGGAAGACACUCGCUUGACCAAAGCCGCCGAUUUAGCCGCCAAACAACAUGUGCUGUUGACCAGUGAUGCCCCCGAUGCUUGGAAACGGCCUCAACUCAAAGCCGUCAGCCGUCAAUUACGCCAUUGGACCAAAAAAGUGCGCCAACCGUUUGGAGCCCCAGCUGGGGGUGUGAGUGCCGCAGGGGCUACGACGCCGGGCGACGAUGAUUUUGAGGCGGGCCCCAUGCAAGCCUGGUUCACGCAAUUGGUCAAGGCCACCCAGGGUAUAAAACAAGGCACUCCGACUGGUGGACCCAGAAAACCCCCUGUCCCGCCUAAACCAAGGUUCACCCCUAGUGCCAAAAAGAAACUCAAGUUUACGACCCCGUUGAGCAGUGAAGAAUUGGCGGAAGAGUUGCCCUUUUCCGAGGCGCCUGGAACAGCCCCGUGGGAAACCCCUAAAGAACGUGCAGAUACCAUUACGCAAUCAUUCAAGCGCGGGAUUCGCAAAAGAGCCGCGGACAGUGCUAAAAAGAAAGCUGCGGGGGUCGCCAAAAAGAAAGCCGCUGGUUGGGCCAAGAAAGCUUUGGAUUGGAAAUCGUGGAAAACCCCCUAA